AUGAAGCGAGGCAAAGCUGCAGGUAUUCUGCAGGAAGGUCGAGAGGCCAUCUUACCAAGCUGUUCAACAGAUUCCUCAGCAGUGACAAAGUCUCCAGAUACUGAAGGAAUGCCCCACAAAUUCUUCGUGCAUUGGAUCAACAUCGACCACGCAAACAGGCCGGCUUCAAGGUCAGGAUUCUCUAUCAUUGACCACAUUCCUGUCGUAAGCCGGUUCCAGGAGAAGGCCAAAGAGUACAAAAUUCCACUUUGCUUUGCCUUUAUUAACUACGAAAAAGCGUUCGACUCCGUUGAGUUCACUUGCACUCUUUGCAGCACUAGAGUUCAGGGAGUUGACGUUGCCUUCAUUACCCUUCUACAAGACCUCUACCAUGGCGCCACACCAUCGGUAAAGCUCCACAGACAGCAAUAA